CUGGGCCUUUGGCAGUUGUGGGGUUUGUACAGAAUUGUGGAGAUUGUCUUUUCUCCUGCUCUUUUUCACCAGCAAUAUGAACACACUACGCACAAUGUGCCGUAUCUUUUUAUCUCCUGAAUUUUUUUGCGAGCUUUCCCGUUUUUCCGAAGUUUCCGAUCGUUUCAUCCGGCACACCGAGACAACAGCGCACAUCUUAAGGCGCCUGAAAGUCCGGAGGGCUCCGCGCAGCCCCAGCCCCCUCGCAGCCCGGGGGCGGUGCAAGCAGGGCCGGGGCGGCCGCCGUGCCCCGUGCCGCCGGGGGGGCCCGGCCCGUGGUCUUUGGGGGGCGGAUGCUGAGGAGCUGAGCCCGCAGCGGAGGGGCGUUCUGAACCGCUUUUCUUUUUCUUUCUUUCUUUUGCCUCUCUUUUCCCAAUCUGGCCAACUUUUCUAACUUUUUUUUUUUUUUUCUUCUGCACUCUUUUUUCUUUUCCCCAUCGGAGAAGCCACGCCGUGGAAAGACGGGGUGGCGGUGGAGGAGGGAGAAACCCCUCCCCUUCCCCUCCCCCGUGGCUCCUUCCUCGGAAAAGCCACACUUGGGGGGUUUCCUCUCUUCCCUCCCCCCUCCCCGCCGCUCCCAGCGGCCGAGCAGCGCCCGCCGGGCACCUCCCGGCCCGGAUGGAUGCACUCUCAGGGAAAGCUUUGCAAAAACUCAUCAUUGCUGCAUCAAAGCUCCUGACUUGGGACCAAUUGCAGGCCUGACAUCUAGCAGCUCUUCCCUAUGGACGGUAAAUUUCAAGAGGCUGGAGGUGACAGAGAGAGCAUGGUAAAUGCAGCGUCUCCCUGGGAUCCAUGGGCUCUUUGAGAGAUGAUCAGAGGGAGGCCAGAUGAUCUGCAAAACACACGCGCCACUGUUGCUUGUCUGCAAAGGCAGCAUCGGAGCGUUCUCCCCAGCCCCGCACCGCCCGGCUUGCCUGAUCGCUUCCGAAUGUUUCGCAGUUGCGAGUGGGAGGUCCUGGAGCGAUCCCUUAACAUCCUCCAGGCCAGUGACUUCUACUGGGGCCCGCUGUCCGUCGGGGAGGCCCAUGCCAAGCUGCAGCGGGAGCCCGUCGGCACCUACCUGGUGCGGGACAGCUCGCAGGGGAAUUGCUUGUUCAGCCUGAGCGUGCGGAUGCCGGCUGGGCCCGUCAGCCUGCGCAUCUCUUUCCAAGAGGGCUAUUUCCGUCUGAAGAACUGGUUUUCGGACUGCGUGGUCCGGCUGCUGGAGCUGGUGGUGGCGGGGACCCGCAACAAUCCCUUGCACUUUGAUGAGAUGGGGGGAACUCCUCUGGUCUUUUCUGAGCCCUUGUGCCGGAGCCGCCGGACUGUGCCCACGCUGCGAGAACUGUGCCAGCGGCACCUGCCCGAUCCCACUGCUGCCAUGCGGACGUGCCCACGGGAGGCGGCGGUGUCACCCCUGGAUGGGAGCGUGGUCCCCAACCCCUCUACAGCCAGCACUAGGAGAUGAUGCCGGGUGUGUGGAGGCGAAGGGAUGCGCAUGGCCACGCUGGAGGGGCAGGGCUGACUGCUCAGAGGGGCAAGGUGCCUGCACCCACUGGCUGCAAAAGCUGUGUCUUCAAACAUGCACAAUAUGCCUGAGCUUCCCCCAUAUGGCUGGGGUGAAGCCAAGCCUGAAGAGCAGCUCUUCCCACCCCCAAGUCCUGCUCUUGGCUCCAGUCAUGACUAAUAAGCUUGAGAACAGGGCGAGCUGCCUGUCCUGCCAGGUCAGCCCCACUACCCAAAGUGCCUAAGCUAGUUUAUGCUGCCAGUGUGCCUUCAUGAAGCCGUUUGGCCCCACAGUGCUGCAUCCCGAGUAUCGGUGGGCAUGGGCCACAAGCUAACUGGAGGCCACAUGUUAACAGGAGACCACGUGGCUGUGCCUGAGCACAAAUGCAAAACCUGCCCCUUCAGAGAUCAGCACUUUUGGGGAAAAAACAUUGCAGCCGUGUACAAUACGUGCAGCUUGAGUGGCUUCUGCAUUGCUUUAUUUGAACAGGUUUUUGGGAGUGCAGAUGAGUUACUUUAUACUACGGGCAUUGUGCUCCUUGGAGGCAGGUCUGAGGUCGGUUCUGCCCUGCAGGGUGUGAGCAGACCCAGUCCAGAGCCUCUUGUCCUCAUCUGAUAGUAUGCUGCUGCCACCUAUGGGCUCGAAAAAGGUGUUUUGUCUUGCCUCAAGAAGAGGCAAAGAAUUUUUUAUACAACUUCUAAAUUUUAAUAAACAUGUUUUUAUACUUAUUUUUAAAAGCCAACAGAUACACAGUGAUGUUUUCUUUCCCUUGCAUUGCUGGAAACCCCAUUAAUCUACUGCAGAGGCAUGGUAAUCAAACUGCACCUGAACAAGGGAAUUUCUUUUGAAGAGCAGAUGCAGUACAUAAAGGAAUGGUCCU